UUUGGUUGCCUGCCUGCCUGCCUGGACUUUUGUGUUUCUGAUUCGAUGACCAAAUAUAUUCUUCAGUUCCUUAUGCCUGCCUAUAAACCUAUUGCUAUAAUAGAUUUUACACACUGUCUCAAAUAUUGCAUGGACUACAUUUUAAAAGAUUAGAUAUAUUUACUCAUCUCUACUCAGUCCAUUUUCUUUAGUAAGAUGGUUUUAUAACUGUUUUCAAAAUUCUAAUGGACUCUUAAAUAUCUGAUAUCAUCUGGUAGGCCCAGACACAUUGAAAUGAUUUUUAAAAAACCUUAUCUAACUCAUAUACCUGUCAAUAUUCUGCUAUUAUUUAAACAUUUAUACACAUAAAAUGCAAUAUUUUACCACUAGCUAAAUUGGUUUUCAUAAUCCAAAAUAUGCUAUAUCAUCACAUCAUGUGUAAUCUAUAAUUGGGCAUGUGACAUUAUGGAACUUUGUUAUUUUUUAUUUCAGACGGGCAUUAGAUUACUGAACAUUUUAAACCAAUUACCAGAUACAGUAUAUUCAGAUCAGGUGGCUCACCUAAGUAGCUUACAGAGGUGUGGCCUUAAAAUAAUGGUCACAUUACAGGUGUUACAGUACAGGUAAUGAAGAAAUCUGAACAUUAGAAAAUACUUUAAACACAACUUUGAUUACAAUAACACCUGCCAGGACAACACAGAGCAGGCAACAGCACUGUUAUGCUCUGUUAUGACUCAUUCCCCACAGGUGUGAUUUCACAUACCCCUCAAACGACUGCAAUUAUGUACAUAUUUGCAUUCCUCAAGUGCAUUUUUCAAAUAUUUCUGAAUUCCAUCUCACAAUGCUCGAGUUUUGAAUCAGGGCUUGGUUGAAACAGCAAACCAAAACAAACAGAUAUACCAUUUUUCAUUAUCUGUUUAAGUACUACUAAAAUUUGAUUUCCUGUGUUGACUGAUAACAUUUCCUGCAGAAAACAGCAUUUAAACAGAAGAAUUUGUCAUUAUUGCAGCUGAUGAGUGGGGUAAUGUUAUGUAAAGAUGUAACUUAAUUUACAGAUAUGGGUGAGAUACAAUAGGCUGAAUGAGCUUUUUAUGGAACAAAGGUAAGAAUGAAAAGACCAUACAGAAAACACAAUGCAGGGCAAAGGUUCAUAUUUGCCCUCAGAGGAGCAUUUGGGUUGACCAGAGGGGUAUUUGAGUGACCCAUGUUUUUAAAAAGAGGCAUUGAAGUCUGCAAUUAUGGCACCAGACACAUCUUAUAAGGACUUUGGCUGUCAGAAGAACAAGGAUGGUCACCCAUUUCCCUCCCCAUGUGCGUGUCAGAUUACAUUACAGACAUAUACACAGUGGUGGAAGAAGUAUUCAGAUCCUUUACUUAAAUAAAAGUAGCAAUACCAAACUGUAAAAAUACAGGCAAGCGUUUUACUUUUUACUGUUACUGCUAGUUUUAACUAGUGUUAUGUAGUUUAUAAGAAAUAUUUUAUAAAAUAAACACUUGGAUUGUAAAUUUGUGAUCUAAAAAUUAACUACAACUGUCAAAUAAAUGUAGUAUCUCUGUGAUGGAGCAAAAGAAUAAAGUAGCAUUACAUGGGAUUGCUCAAGUACCUUAAAACUAUACUUAAGUACAGUGCUUUAUUUUUUAACAAUUCGUAAAGCUCUAUAGUUUGUAGUUUAACAACUCGACUAGAGCAGAAGUAAGAUACAGAUACAGAAAGUUGCACAAUGUAGUUUACCAGAACACCCCACAGUCGACACAGAAGUAACCACAAGAGUAUUCAGUUCCUCAUGCAUUUAACACAUUUUUUAAAACAAAAUCUAUAGUAAUAGUGGAAGGUGCAUUGCCUCAUGCUGUCCAUCUCAUUGCUCUCUAUGGGGACUUUUUGAUACAUUGCAAAACCUCAUCUCAAAACCACCAUUUGAGUUCUUCUGAACUGAGUCUGAAUGUGUUUUUUUGUGGUCAACAACCAGUGUUUCAUACGUGUGUUGAACUGACUUCUCAAUUUAACUAAACCUCUCGCAGCUUUUGAAGUGGAAAAAUAAGUUGUAGCGUGGACAGAAUAGUACUCUCAGUGAAGGUCUUCUAUUCUACUGCACUGUCGUGUCUGAUCAUAUCAGGCAUCUGACUACAUUUAUAUGUAUUUCAUUUUACUGCAAAGAGCAUUCUUGUAUAUCCUUUUUUGGUAUCUCUUUGGCCAGAGAAUCUCUAAUAUGUAUAAGGACUCGGAUUCAAUACUGUUCAUGUUUUCCCCAAAGAGUGUCAUAAUAAUAGAUGAAAUUAUUUCAUUUCCUGUUAUGUUCUUUGUAAACGUAUCUAUAUAUCUAUGAUUGUAUCCAGGAUGUUCUGCAUCAGUUCCUAGUUACAUCCUCCCUGUCUUCUUUACAAGAUCUCAGAGGGUAAGUCUUUUCCUCCUCUUGAUCUCUAGUGACAACAUAAUUUAUUUAUUUCAUUUAAAACAUUUACAGUAUAUAAAUUGAGUUCUGCUUUUCACUUGGUCAAUGCUUUGCAAAGGUGCUGGAUUUAAAGAUUACAGAAAUCAGAACAAAACAGAAAUUAGUUUGAAGCACUGUCUUAAAUGAUUUUUGUGAGAUUUGUAAAAUUCAUGAUGUUUAAAGAAUAGUCCUGAAAAGUCUUCAACAAGUUAUUACAAUAAUCUGGGUGUGAUGUGAUUACAUCAAAGCAAGCUGGACAUAAAGAACAACAUGGAGGAGACAACAAUUCCUGACAACUACGCACUUUCACUUCCCCUCCAUUUGUGGAGUAUUGUUAUGUGUUCUGCUGCCUCUGUGAUUGCUACAAAUAUGGAUUUGGUCACACCAACCGUAGAAGACUACUGGAACUUUGAUUACGAUGACAAUUACACAUCGUUCCCUGGAACGAGCAAGACUCACGCAGCCCCAUGCUUACAGGAGGACAUCUAUGAAUUUGCACGGAAGUAUUCCCCUGUGGUAUACAGCCUGGUGUUCAUUCUGGCUUUGAUGGGCAACGUGCUGGUGCUGUGUGUGAUCCGGCGCUACCGAAAUUCGCAGAGUGGUGGCGCCUGUGCAUUCUCUCUGACCGACACUUUCCUCCUUCACCUGGCCAUUUCUGACCUCCUGCUGGCCUUCACCCUGCCUCUGUUUGCAGUGCAAUGGGCUCACCAAUGGGUAUUCGGCUUGGCUCUUUGCAAGAUCUCUGGUGCCCUCUUCUCCCUGAACCGCUAUAGUGGCAUCCUUUUCCUAGCCUGCAUCAGCUUUGACCGAUACCUGGCCAUUGUUCACGCUGUCAGCUCUGGCUGGAAGCGCAACACUUGCCAUGCCCAGAUUGCCUGCGCUGUCAUCUGGGUGGGGUGUUUGGGCCUGAGUGGAGUGGACAUUACCUUCAAACAGGUAGUCGAGGCCCCUAUAGGCCAGCAGAAGCUGCUGCUGUGCCAGAUAUGGUUCACUGAGAACUCAACACAGUGGCAGGUGGGGCUACAGCUGGUCAGCAUGGUUCUGGGAUUUGGGUUCCCUCUGCUGAUCAUGCUCUACUGCUACAUCCGUAUCUUCAGGUCACUCUGCAACGCCACCCGCCGCCAAAAGCGGAAAUCUCUCCGCCUCAUCAUCUCCCUGGUGUCUGUGUUUUUCAUCUGCUGGGCACCGUACAACUGCUUCCAGUUGGCAGAUAGUCUGCAGAGGCUGGGCGCGGUGACUGGAGGAUGCCAGUUUGGCCGUGUAGUGGACAUUGGGACUCUGGUCACUGAAAGUGUGGGGCUGUCACAUUGCGCCUUGAACCCUCUGCUAUAUGGCUUUGUGGGGGUGAAGUUCAGGAGGGAGCUGGCUAGAAUGUGUAAGGGGCUUCUGGGACAAAGAGGCUGGCUGGGGAUGGAGGGCUGGAGGGAGAGGAGGCUCCGAAAAACUACAGGCUCCUUCAGCUCAGCAGAAAGCGAGAACACCUCGUACUCUGUCAUGGUGUGAAGUUCGAAUGCUGGUUACAGGAAGAAAGAGGGAGAUUUUGUGAGAUAGUAUAUGGUUGUAUGUGUUAGAGGAGUGUUUGGCAUGAGACAAAAGUUGAAAUUCCAUUUAAUUAAAACUGUAAAAAUGUUCUCAGAGGAAAAAAGUUUUCUGCCUGUGAUGUAUUUCAUCCACUGGGGCUUUCUGUAGAUAUGGUGCAGCUUUCAACAAGUUUUGUUAUUGUCUGGGGGGGGGGGGGAGUUUCCAAGAAAACUAUAGUGAAAAUACAAAGUGACUCAAGUUGUACAAACUGAUGUUGGGGGUGGGCCAUAGUGUAAAACAAAUGCCACUCCCUUAAGCUGAUGCUGUCGUAUAAUGUUUUUAUGGACGUGUUGAUUUUUGUGUCCACAAAGGAAUCUUGUGAAAUAGCCAAAUUUUUUCAUACCUCUGAAAAAGCUUGUUCAGCAGUUUAAGAUGUAGCCUGUAGCUUCAAUGGUCAUACAAUAGUCUCAUCAGAUUCCACUCUCAGUUUCAGCUAAAUCAGUGAAAAUGGUGUAAAAAGUUGUUUCUUUAUUUCCAUAAUCCAUAUACAGCUGUUUGUCCAGCUGUGUGCUUCAAAUGUGUUCAUGGUGCUGUAGGAAAUAAAUGUGACUCAUUUAUAAUUUUGUAUGUAACAUAAAAACUCAAACCCUUUGUUGAGUACAAUGAUUUUUGUAAUAAAUAUUUUGGAUAUAAAACAAAGUGUGAUAUCUAUUAUGCAUCAACAUCUCAGGUUCUUUCUCUGCAUGUUCAUUCUGACCAACUUCCAUCUCACGGUUCAUGCAAUUGCCAUCUUACAAAUUUCCAUUCAUUACAGAAAGUUGGUCUGUAACAAGGUUUGGUUAAUGUACAAUCCUUA